UGCAUUUUUUGAAACACGGCCUUGAAGGUCAAAUAGCUUUGCAAUCAUUGUCACAUUGGCCUCGACAACGGUUGAAUUCAACCUAAAGCGUGAUGUCCUUGAGUUGUCUUGAUGAUAGUCGGUGGUUGUCUGCAGUACUCCUAGACGCAAAUCAAACACAAUCUCAUGCACUUUCACUUAUAUUGGAUCCUUUGGCUAAUGAACACUAUCAAUUGUUAUUGGGGGAACUUUCAGAAAUCAAACUAGUUGGUGGUAAUGGUCCUUUCCGUCUCGGUCAUAGAUGGCUAUUGUUUGUUGAUGUUGUGGGGAUAGUGCGCACUGUUUACGAACGCGAGAGAUUUUUUAUUGUUGAUUUGGACGAUGGGACUGGUUGUAUAACCUGCACAAUAUGGCGUCGUGGCUGUUCAAACCUUUUUAAUGUAUUAUCAACAACAAAAAAUUCAUUUGAUUUUGAACAGCAUUAUUUGUGUGAGCAACUUAUCAAGUUAUCAUGCAAGUCACAACCUAUUUCAUCUUCAGCUGAACAGUCGUCCAACUUACAUGUUGGCCAAAUAUUACAGCUUAGAGGUCGUUUGAAAUGCUUCCGUGGAAAGCUAAAGCUUAAUACUUAUUUCUGUCGUUCAAUUAAGGAGGAAAGUGAAUUGUUACAUCACAUAAUUCACAGGUACCGUUUACAGGAAGAAAUUUACUCAAAUCCAUAUGAUCCUGGUGUUGUCGCAGAAAAUAUAAAAAAAUCUCAUGUGGUUAAUUUAGCGAAUUCACUUGUAACAGAAUGUUGUAGAAUCCUAGUACAGGAUAAUGUCCAAUUGUUUACCAAAUUAGACUUAUGUUUACACCCGAAAAUAGUUGAAUCUGUAACAGCAAACUGGAGAUCUUUGACUAUGGCAUAUGAUGAAUCUGAAACGGAUUACCUUCGACAAAGUUUCAUUGAAGUUGAUGAAGGUGUAGUGCAGAGUAGUGCAGCUGAGAAUAAAGUACUCAAUCCUAAAAAGCUACAACUUAUAGUUGCAAGUUUGAUUGAACGAUUAUUAAUUGAGGGUUGGAUUUUUCCAGCUACUCAAUCUAUUGGAGGUAUGCGGACUUAUUAUUUUGUUCAAGAGAACAAGAAAUUACUCGAUGCUGUUUAUGGAAUAAUUUUUUCUCAAGGUAAUUUCCGCAUGCAUUGUAAUUUUUAUGUUGUUAAUCAUCAGUCAAUAGAUCAUUGAAUGUAAUCGGAACUGCGUAAUAAAAUGGUGAUUAUUAUUAGCAUGUAUGACAAUCACUUUUAAAUAUUUUUAUCCUGAUUAAGGUUUUUAGUUGUAUAAUAAAUUCCAGAAUAGCUUGUACUGCUCAUUACGAUAGUCGAUUUUUUAUUGCUACAGAUACUGUUUGUGAAUUACAUCAUUGUUUCAUUCUGAGAUAGCUUUCCACAAGGUCGAUAUAACUGUUCUAUUACUUGCUUCAACCAUGCUUGAAAGGGUUUUUUUGCGAUUCAUGGGAACCUCAAACAGUGGUUUUAAUAUUAAAGUUUAAGGCAUUCAGUGAAUUAACAGUCUUCUUUACAUUUAAUCAAUGUACAUAACUAAGUUUGAUAUCUAUCAUUUUUCGUCUAUUAUUGUGAUAAAAAAUAGUUUCCUACCUGUACCUUUAUUGCUUUCAGCACUUCAGUUUGCAUAAGGGCUCUAAGCAACUAAGUCAUAAAAAAAUGUAUAAUCACAAAAUUCAUCAACCAAAAAUAUAUUCUUCAGCCGUUAAGUAAAAAAGAUUAUUGAUAUCCUAUUUCGCUUUAUACAGUUAAACAAAAAAUCUAGACGUCAGUUUCUCGAUAAAAUAUACAUAUGGUUGAAGAUUAAACCCUAUAGAUAACAGUAUACAGGGUUUGGUUUGGAUUUCAUUCUGAUAUGAGGUUGCUUGUAACAAAAUUCACAAUCUAGGAAGGGUAAUCGACGUAUUUGAUAUACUUACUUACUUAAUUACGCCUGUUGCCCCUCGUGUAUGCGCACAGGCCACCUACUAACAUUCCCCAUCGAACUCUGUCCUGGACAAUCCUUCCCAGUUGCUAUUCAUCUUUUUGAUGUCUGCUUCCACUUCUCGACACAGCGUGUUCCUUGGUUUUCCUCCACCCUUCUGGAUUGUCUGUUGAUUUCCGAAAUGUAUGCCCUACCCACCUCCAGCAUCUUUCCUAAUUUCCUGUUUAGCUGGAAGCUGGAUUGUUUUCUUCCACAGUAGGUUAUUUGAUAUGCAUAUAUAUCUAACUAGACUAUUAGAUGAAAAUUUUUCGGGAAACGCAAGAGAGUAUUCACCAAGUAGCCAUUAUUCCACAAUUUUUUAAGUGUUAUAUCGAACUUCUACUUCUUUUUAUUUCAUUUUUAGGCAUAAAUAAAGAAAUAUCACUGCAUAAUAUACUACACAGUAUUCGACAACGGUCGUUUCCUGAUAAUUUGCAAUUAACACGCAUAACCUUAAAUGCACUAAAACAUUUAUUGAAUGAAUUGGAAUCUGAAAGUCGUAUAUAUCAAAGUAAUUUCGGUUGUUAUAGUGUUGCUUAAAUGUGUAAAAAAAUUGUUUGAACUUUAAUUAUGCGUACAGUACUUUUUUGACAGCAUUCUACUACCACUGUUUUACUAAACAUUCACAUGUUUAUAUGCACUUUACUCAUGAUGGUAUAUUAGCAGGCUUUAAAUUCAUUGUUAUAGUGUACAGAUCACAAAUAAAAUUAUUUGCUG